UGCACUAUAAAGUAUAAACCGCGGCAGUGCGCGCUUGAGAGGUUCUUGUCGUUGGCGUUUUUCUUCAAGAUUUUUCUCUCCAGUGAUUUUGUUUGCGCUUGAGUUGAUGAAAUAAUUAUCAUGGCUGUUUAUAGCGGCAAUGUAAAACCGCCACCAACGGCCGCCUCAUUCUCUAUCAUUCGUACAAAGCAGCCGGACUGUUUUCCCGUCUUCACCAAUCAAACCAUGACCGCAUCCAACAGGAAUCCCUCUGCGCCGCGGACGGGUCCAGGACCAAUAUCGCAAUAUAAUUCCGCGGACGACGAUUAUCACCCUAAUCCAGCCACGAUGACCAUGGUAUUGGGCAAUAAUGUCGCGGCUAAUCGGGAGAUGGCCCGAUCACCGUCGCAGAAUGGAUUAACGUACGAGUAUUUCUCCAUUCCGGCCAGUCCAUCACCGACAGGAUCUAAUCGCUCUGCCACGGAUCGCGAACGAUUGGAACGGAAUAUUGAACGAUGGGAAACGGAACGCACCACCCGGCGGAAUGUCUAUCCAGCCGGAAAUGGGACAAGUCUGCAAGGCGGAAUUAGAACCCCACAAAAAAUCUCCGACAUUCGUACGGCGUACUCACGCAGUACACCAACUAUCGGGCCCGUCUCACUACCGGCGCCCGGUACGAAGAAAAAACAACUGGAACGGUCGGUGUUUGAGAAAGAAGCGGAAGUGAAUGCAUUGACCAAUCUUAUGGUCACGAAGAUGAACAUCCCACUGGAUCCCAACUCUUACGGUCUGUGCACAAAGUGUCUGCGAUCGGUUAGAUUCGAAGAGGAAGGAUGUACGGCACUGGAGUCGUUAUACCAUACCCGCUGCUUCUGCUGUGAAAAGUGUGGAAAAGCCCUUAGAGGAAGUAGUUUUUAUGUGAUCGAUGGGAAGGCUAUGUGCGAAGCUGACUACAUGGACAGCCUUGAAAAGUGUGCAGCCUGCAAAAAGCCCAUUACAGAGCGCAUUCUUCGCGCUACCGGGAAGCCCUUUCAUCCGAAGUGUUUUGUGUGCGUUGCGUGCAAGCAGUGCUUGGAUGGCAUACCGUUUACGGUUGAUGCCAACAACCAGAUUCAUUGCAUAGACGAUUUCCAUCGAAAAUUUGCUCCGCGAUGUUCAGUAUGCAGUGAUCCAAUCGUACCGGAACAAGGUCAAGAAGAGACCGUGAGGAUAGUUUGUAUGGAUCGUAAUUUCCAUCCCAAGUGUUAUCGUUGUGUGGACUGCAAGACAACUCUGAGUUCGGAAGAAGAAGGCCGUGGAUGUUAUCCCAUGGAUGGACAAGUGUUGUGCCACAACUGCAACAUCAAGCGUGUCCAAGCCCUAAACUACUGAGUACCCGAUUUUUAAUUACUUUUAUUUGGCGGUUUUUAAUUUGUGCCUGAGAAUAAAACUUGCGCUAAACCAUAAUUAUUAUGUCAUGCCUUAUGAUUAACUUGACUGCUGUAUAAAAUGCUGCGAGAGAAUUUAUAUUUGCACUUACAGAAUUUAACUUAACUCUUUAUCGAAAUUACAAUUAUACUAUACUUUAUUCGCUUUGACCAUAUUCUUGGUGUACUGUGAUGUGGAUUUAUAUAAAGCGGGGUCGGU